AUGUCUGCUAUUUCAGAAAUACCUCAAGUGAUGCCAAUCCAAGAAAAUAACAUGGUUAAAGAUCCCGAAAUAACACAACCCAAUUUGGAUCCUCCUAAUAUCGAUAACGUCCCACCUGAGCCUGCGAAGGAAACAGAUUUUGUUGAAAUCACGGCUGAAAAAAAUAAUGAUAUUAAUGAUAUUACGGCUGAAAGAGAUACACCAAUUAAUGAUAUUCAAUAUAACGAAUAUAAUGAAAAUCAAGAAUUAUUAGAUAAUACUAAACAGAAGGAUUCGCUGCCAGCAAUUGAUAUUACUCCUCGAUCCCGUUCACAAUCACCUAAUGAAUCACCAGCGCCUACAAGAAUUGUAGCCGUCAAUCUAUUUCCUCUUACCGAUUCAAUUGUCUUUAGUCCAAAACAUUUGACCUUUUUGCCAGACCAGGAAAUUAAAAUUGGUAGAGUUAGCGGAAGCAGGAAUCAAAAAGAAGCUAAAGCUGAGAAUGGAGUGUUUAUCUGUGAUGUUAUGUCACGAGAACAUGCAAUGCUUAAAGAGGCGAAUGGCAAGAUUUUAAUUAAAGAUACCAAAAGUACACAUGGUACUUUUGUUAAUAGUACACGUCUAGGGGACGGUUCUCAAGAUAGCGAAUGGAAAGAAUUGAAACAUGGAGAUGUAAUCACUUUCGGACAUAGCGUUCGACGUAACCAAAGUUUAUAUAAACAUUUGUCUGCCUAUGUAUUCUAUCCUAAAGAAAAAAGAGAACUUCCCCCGAUACCAAUUGCUGCUAAUGGCGCAUCACAAAACAGAGAAUUACCACAAGUAAUGCCUGCAGAGAAUCUUGAAAUUCCUGCAGUGUCAUCUAACAUAACGAAAGAACCUACCACAACAGAUAAUUUUGCUGUUCCUAUGCCAAUGAAAGUUGAAGAAGUCCUAAAGGAUCCCAAAUCUACUAAUUCUGUCAUCCACGUUCUUCCAAGAAAUGUAGCGGUAUCAAAUUUACACGAAGCCAAUUCAACAAAUGAGUUGACUUCCGUGUCUGUAGUAAAACAGAAAUCUUUAAUAUCUACUGCUAUGAAACAGGAUAGACGACCAGCACCUUUAGAUAAUAGAAAUAAUACUACUAGAUUCGAAGUUUCUCCCGUGAAAGAAGAAAUUAUUUCUCCAGAAGAUUUUCUUUUGGGUAAUAAUAAUGAUGAUCAUGAUAAGCAACUUAUUCGUCAAGUACCUUUUGUACCACCGUCACCACCACCGUUUGAAGCAACGGAAAAUAUGGGAAAUUCUUUACAAAAAAAUACCUUUGUACCGCCUCUACCGAUUUCUGUUAGAGAGAAGGGAACACAAACAUAUCGAGAAUUAAAGCAUUCCAAAGUUUUACGUAAAGAAAAUAAAGAUGAUAAGGAAAUUAAUGAAGAAUUUGUUCCAGUGAAUAAUAAUGUUGAAAAAAUUGAAGAAGUAAAGAGGGAUGAAGUAAGAGAGCUCGAAGAAAAGAUAGCAAUUUUGGAGGAUCAUGCAAAUAAACGUAGAAAAUGGGAACGAUUUACGGCUACAAUGAUUGGGAUGUUUGCUGGUGUUGUUAGUGUUGGAUUUGGUGCCUAUUUGUUAGGCAAUUAA